AACAAGUCCGGACUGGGGUGCCACCUGGCGUGCAGAGAUGGAGAUGGUGCCUGCUGCCUACUCUGUGGAUAAUUUUGAGCCCAGCCCUCUCCAGGAGCUGGUGUGCACCAUGUCCGGUUGCGGCCCCUUUUGUCGUCGAGAGAUGCCCGCGGCAACAAGUGCGGACCGGGUUGCCACCUGGCCUGCAGAGAUGGUGCCUGCUGCCUACUCCGUGGAUAACUUCGAGCCCAGGCCUGUUCAGGAGCUGGUGUGCACCAUGUCCGGCAGCUUCCCCUUGCGUCGCCCAGUGAUGGCCGUGGCAACAAGUACGGACUGGUGUCUCACCUGGCGUGCCUGCCGCCUACUCUGUGGAUAACUGAGGAUGUGGCUACC